CUUGAUCUGCAAGUUUUGCAACGCAAACAUCUCCAAUCAUGUGUUUAAAAUUAACAAUACAGCUCGCAUUGGCAAUUUUUUUUAUUGCUGGUGCAAACGCUGCACCCUACAAGUCGAGACAUGAACCGGCGUCCGCUAAAAAUUGCAGUGACAGUGAGAGCGACGAAUCGGCCCCUUUAAUCGAUCAGACACAGAAGGGCAAAGAAAAUUACCGCAUCAACGUGAAAGAUUUUGUUUUGGUAUGGGCACCGAGCGAUAUUUUACUCACCGCCGCCGCCCUUUUCGACUCGCAGAUACUUGGGGGUGAGUUAUUUGGAUCCGAUAGCAACGAAGAAAUCGAAGACGCUUUGUUGGAAAACAAGCCGUCUCAAAAUUCGUCGGCAAUUGUAGAUUCUAACGGCGGAGACAAAGUUACGAUUAAUUCGGCCCAAAAAUCGAAAAGGUCCAAGUUCCGCUUUCCUGCUUUGGUAAAUACUGGAAAGAAGUCGUAAGCUAGAAAUUAACCAUUUGUAAAUGUCGAAGUGGAAUAAAAUAAAUUUAUUUGUUGAAAAAUAACAUGGGUAUUAUAAGAUCACAUUUC